AAUAGAACUUUUGUUUUUGAUGGAUUCAGACCAUGCGCAAGCCAAAGUAGUUUGAAAAUAGACUCGCUAAAUAGUUCAAGCGACAAAACGCAUGAGGAAAAAAGUGGAGAGACACAAGACGAAUCUAGAAAAAUGAGUGACAAGGUAGAAUUUAAUGCUUCUCUAAGCAAAGAAUCUGAUGAGGCUGAAAUAGAAAUGGCAGAACAACAACUUCUCUGCGAUCUUGAUCAUCUUAUGGGCACUUGUGUUCGCUUUAAUCUGAUAAACCACCUGUCUUGGCUUCAUAGCCAGCUCUCAGAAACGAUCAGUCUUACAAAGUCCAAAGAUCAGUUAUCCUCUAGGUCUAUAAGUCAGAGUUCUCAGUUGAUUGCAUUUGAAUCCUGCCAUAUUUGCCUGCAAGGAAAGAAGAAAUGUAAGCAUAAUUUCAAUGCCAAUAUUGAUGAAGCAAAUCAAGCCAGAAUGAUAGAAAUUAACAAGGAUCUUGAGUAUUUUGAAGAAAACGGCAUGAGCUUCUAUUUCGAAAAAGCAUUAAGAAAUGAAGAAAAAGCAUAUUUUGCAUUAGAACGAAGUAGAGAAGUUGCCAUAACUAUGCUACAAUCAACUCCGCCGGAAGUCAAUGAAUUAAUAAUAAAGUACAUGAAACGGGCUAUUGAAAAUAUGAAUAAAGACGAAUAUGAAUCGACACUUGAUAGAGUAUCACGUAAAUUGAUUGAGCAUCAGAUACUUUCGGAGGAGGAUAGGCUAGUCAGUUUUAAUGACAUGUCUGCGUACACAAAUAUUCCUGUUCAAGCAGCCAUUCAGGCUCGAAUGCAAACUCUAGGAGAAGAUCCAGAGAAUAUGCAAGAAGUAAGGUUGAGUAUAGCCUCCAAGGAUAUAAUUCUUUACCUACUCAUGAGUAGCAGCUAUUUUACCUUUGAUAGUAAAUAUAAUGAACUGCCACAAAUACUUGCUAUGGGAUCCUGCUUAGCUCCUAUCUUGGCAAACAACUUAAUGGCCGAACUUGAAGAACACUAUUUGGAACAGACAAUACCAACUCCUAAAUUGUGGGUUAGAUGCAUGCAUGACUAUUCCGUCAUCUGGCCUCACGAGAAGAGGUUACAAGAUUACGCUUGGAAUUUUGAAGUCGAUGAUUCUUAG